UCAAAGCGUAGGUUCCUCCACGUAUCUCGUUAUUUGCCUCGGUGAGACGGUAGAUAUCUAUCCGGGGCGGCCGAGUGCGAGGUAGCCCGAGCCGUCAGCCUUCCGCGUUGCUUCGCUCCGCUCCGCUUCGCGAUGACGGAGCACGAGCAGAACGCGAUGUUCGCGCGCGUCGCGUCAGCGGUCUUCUACGGGCUGUCGUCGUUCAUGAUCACGGUCGUGAACAAGACCGUGCUCACGACGUUCGGCUUCCCGUCCUUCCAAGUGCUGGGGAUCGGCCAGAUGUUCGCGACGGUGGUGGUGCUGCUCGCCGCGCGGAAGCUGCGCUACGUCGACUAUCCGAGCCUGGAGACGACGACGUUCGUCAAGAUCUGGCCGCUGCCGGUGAUCUACAUCGGCAACAUGGUGUUCGGCCUCGGUGGCACGAAGCAGCUGAGCUUACCCAUGUUCACCGCCCUCAGGCGGUUCAGUAUCCUCAUGACGAUGAUCGCCGAGUACUACAUCCUCGGCGUGAAGGCACGCCUGUCGAUACAGCUGAGCGUUUACACGAUGAUCCUCGGCGCGGUGGUGGCCGCGCUCAACGAUCUCGCCUUCAACCUCGAGGGCUACAUCUUCAUCCUGUUGAACGACCUGUUCACCGCCGCCAACGGCGUGUACAUGAAGAAGAAGCUGGACUCGAAGGAGCUGGGAAAGUACGGGCUGAUGUACUACAAUUCCCUGUUCAUGCUCGGCCCGGCAGUGAUGCUGGCGUGGUGGAUGGGCGACAUCGCCCUGGCCCUAGAGUUCCACGAUUGGAGGAAUCCGCUGUUCAUCCUGCAGUUCGCGCUCUCGUGCGUGAUGGGUUUCAUACUGUCGUACAGCAUGCUGCUCUGCACGCUGUACAAUUCCGCGUUGACCACAACCAUAAUCGGAUGCCUGAAGAACAUAUGCGUGACGUAUCUCGGUAUGGUGAUCGGCGGCGACUACAUAUUCUCCUGGCUGAACUUUGUAGGAUUGAACUUGAGCGUGGUCGGUAGCUUGGUGUACACCUGGGUGACGUUCCGUAAACGGGAGCAGCCGAAGUACGCCCUGCUGACUGAAUCUCAGGCUAAUAAGAUACAAGCGGUAUGAUUGUAAGCUCGAUCCGCACGAGCGAGUGACGACUGUACGCUUACGUUUUUGUACAAAGUAUUCGUUAUUGUCUCCGGGAAAAAACCGAUGAUCCUCGUUUAGGUGUAUAAGGCAAACCGUUGACGCGCACCUUCCUCCUCGUCUCGGGCAAACGACGACGACGUGGCGGCCGGUAUCCUCCAGUUGUAAUUUCCUCGUUCGCAGAGUGAACUUUCGAACUCUCGAAGUUACGAAGCGAGACGCGAGAUAUCGCCGACAACCCGACUGUAAUAUGUACCAAAGUAAAAUUAUUGUUACCAGAUAAGUAUUUAGAAGCGUUCAGGUCAAUUAUGAAGGACAGCAUCGCCAUCAUGUUAGAGACUAGAUAUGUAAGAUGAUUUGCGUCUAUGUACGGGUCUAUGUACAUAGGAACUCAUCACGGAACAAGUGGAAAUAAAUUUUAUUUAUUGACCGA